CAGCACCUAGCAGCUGCACAGGCUUCAAACCUCCACUUCCACAUCCACUUUCCUUCAACCGCGACCGCGACACGGCACCAUGUCGAAUCCACACCAGUUUCCAAACGUCCGCGAUAAACUCAGCGCGCCAUCCAAGAAAUCCGCAUUCGAGAAAGCGCGUGUGGAAGCCGAAGAGAAGCGUAAACGCGAGGAAGCCGAGACCGCCGCGGUAUACAAAGAUUUUGUCGCCUCGUUUGACGAGGGCCCGCCCGAUGGACCUGCGCUUUCUUCAUUCCGUGGGGGACACGGACGCGGCGGCGCGGGAUUCAGAGGAGUAGGAGGUAGCGGCGCGCCGGGGAGACGACAUUUUUCGGGUGGGCGCGGGGGUCUGGGUGGUGUGCCGCCGCCCCCACUGAGGAAACGGAAUCUUGGUGAUGCAUUUGAGCGCGACGAAGAGGAGGGCGGGAUCUUUGGUUCGGCGGCGGCAGCAUCAUCGUCGUCGUCAGCGACACUGACGGACCAUGAGAAGAGAAGACUGAAGGACGGAAGUUCGGGCCUACUGGCGUUUGAGAACUCGGGACCUUCAAAGCGGAGGGAACGAUACGUCGCAGACGAAGAUUCAGAUACAGAAGUAGCCCCGCACCCGAAGCCGACCCUCCUCCUCUCGUCGCUCCCUCCAAACAUCACCAAGGCCGCAAUUACCGAUCUACUCGCGACUACCUCGCUGAAGAUUGAUUCGAUUCGCGUCGUCCCCGCACCGCCGCCGCCGGGUCCGUCGCAACCCUCACCGUCGGUACGCAAGGCCGCCUCUGCACUCGUCACCCUCUCGCAGGACACACCGGUCUCCAACAUUGAGGCCGCCGUCUCAUCGUUGAAUGGGCAGUACAUUGGCUACGGUUUCUGGCUCGGUAUCGUGCGGCACCUGUCAUCCGCCGUUACCGGAAGCGCGGCCACAGGAAUCCCCAUCGUCUCAGCACAAUCGCAUCCAUUCGGUGCCAAGGCACCUCGGGCCGCCCCGAGCGUUCGGGGCGGUUCCCAUCGUGGUCGUUUUGCGCCUCCACCCUCGUUUGGGCCCCCAGGUCGAGCACAGCAGCAGCAGCAAUCGCAGUCCGGUCAUCUACAGGUUCAUGUGCAUCCUCCGCAGGACCUCAAGGUUUUGAGGCUUAUUCACGGCACGAUCGAGGCACUUCUCACUCACGGGACCGAAUUCGAGGCACUCUUGAUGUCGAAAGAUGAAGUCCGCAAUGACCCUAAAUUUGCGUGGCUAUGGGACGCACGGAGCCCGGCGGGUGUCUACUAUCGUUGGAAGCUAUGGGAGAUCGUCACGGGCUUCUCUAUCGACAAGCCGUACACUCCUACCGUCGACAUCUUCGACUCGUCCAGCGCUGUAUGGGUGCCGCCGAAGAAGCCAUUAAAAUACGAAUGGGCCGGCAGUCUCGACGACGUGGUGGAAGAUUACGAUUUCAUGAGUGAUGAGCUGGAUGAGGACGACAGCGACGAUGGUAAUCACGAUGAUCGGCCCGUUGGUCUUGCUGGCGGUGAAGGAAAGAAAUCGAGGGGCUAUCUUGGCGUGCUCGAGCGUGCAAAACUUGUCCAUCUCAUCAGCCGCGUGCCCACAACUACAAGCAAGGUCCGCCGGGGGGAUGUUGGACGAGUGAUGGCGUUCGCCAUGGAACAUGCAGAAGGCGGCAUGGGUGAAGAAGUAGUCGACAUCCUCGUCUCCAAUGUGCUCAAACCGCUUGCAUUCACUAAGGCGGCAAAACGCGACUCCAGCUCUGAGGACUCUGGUGCCGAAAAGGAGAAGGACGACCAGCCCGACACAUCAUCUGCCAAGAUCGUAGGGCUGUGGAUCAUCUCCGACGUGCUCUCCAACUCAUCACUCGGCGUCCGCGCCGCGUGGCGAUAUCGCCAACUUUUCGAUACUGCACUCCGAGAACGAAAGGUGUUUUCUCACCUCGGCGAGAUCUACCGUGAAAGUGGUUGGGGCCGCAUGAAAGCCGAGAAAUUCCGACGAAUGGUGGUCGAGGGCGUGCUGGAAGGUUGGGAGAAAUGGUGCAUAUUUCCACAGGCUACAUACGACGCGUUCCUGGAGGCUUUUCUGAGUGGACCAGAAAAGAAGGAUUCCGGUUCCUCAAAGGAACAAAAAUCACGCUCCCACACACCCACGGCUACGGCCACAGCAGCACCACAGUCCACCGCGGCUACCAAGAGCCGUUGGAAAACAGUCGAGGCUACACCGAGUGUUUUCGAUCCUAAGGCGCAGCCGCUGCCGGUCGCGGAUGAUGAUGACGAUGUGGACGGUGAGCCUAUGGUCGAUGACGACGACGACGUGGACGGCGAACCGAUGGUGGAGGAUGACGACGAUGUUGAUGAUGAGGCUAUGGUUGAGGACUCGGAUCCAUAUGACCCACCGGAGGAAAUUGUCGUCGAGGAGCCAAAGAAGGGUGAACCAAAGGAGGAACCGAAGAAGGAUGAACCGAAGAAGGAAGAAAGUAAGGAAGAAGAGAAGCCUCCUGCUCCUACUCCCAGGUUCGGGGGUAUGGCGGGAUUCAAGAUUGGCGGGACUGCGGCGGGUGCGGGACCUAAGCGGAAGAGACCGAAGGCGGAAGAUAUGUUCGCUGAUGAUUACGAUUGAGGAUGCGAGACGAACAGGGGAAGGUUGGCCGUUCGUGUUUCUACCGUUUGAAAAAAUGCAUAUUAUUACUGUACAAGCUUUGAAAAAGACUGCCUAUAGUGUGGAUUCGAGGAAAUACAGUUUUGCUUGGUAUGGACGC